AUGGAGUCGACAUGUGCACUUCGAUUGUGCAUAGUGCAGCUCCACAGCUCGGCGGUGACGCUAGACGAACAGACGCGGAGCUAUCGUGUGGGCCAUGCGUGUUUUAAUCGCGCUCAAGUGUUGGGGGUACUGGUUAAACGGAACGACUCGCACAUCCAGCUUGAUGACGGAACGGGGUUGUUGGAUGUGAGGCUGGUGCCAGGGUCUAACCAGGACGCACUGCAACUAGGGGCAUUGGUGGAGUGUGUGGGAAGUAUCGACGAGCCGCAGCCAUCGUCCGAUUUGACAAGUAGUCGGCGGUGGAUGAAUGCAGUGCAUGUUCAUGAAGUUCACGACCGCAAUGUUGAGACGCUGAGGAUGCUCGAAGUCAUGCACUUGUACAAAAGUGACUAUGCUAUUCGACAUACUUCACCGCCAACUCAACUUGAGCUGCUGGCAUUUCCACCGAUAAGCGACGACGUUACGGAUAGACACGCGGUGUCAGCUUUCUACACCGCUGUGCAACCACAUGAAAACGGUCGUCAAGCCAGUGUGUCUGGCAAUUUUACGACUUUAAUCGAGAAGCCCUGGGAACAGCUUCGUGUGGGUGUUCCUGGUCUAGAUGCUGCCAUACCUCCUCCGGACUAUCAGUUUGCACUCCCAGAGAGAGACCACCAGCUAAUCGAGCAAGGAUCAAAGUCGCUUGAGAUUCGAUUGAACGACGCUCCUUACUCGAUCAUCCACGUGAACGAUCGCAUCACGAUCAACGGCAAAACCUUGACGACCGUUGCAUCGAUUCGCAAAUACUCGAGUCUGCAAUCUGUUCUAGAAGCUGAAAAUGUGAGUGCACUAUUGCCACAAAGCUCCUUUGUUGGCGCUGAGACUUUCAACGCGGCAGCCGCUGCGGAGCGCCAUUAUCGCCAAUUCUUUAGUGUCGAGGAAGAAGAACACUAUGGCCUAAUAGUCUUUCAACUGGCCGUAAGCGCACCUGGACCCAAGUCUCAAGAAGAAUGGAGUGCGCUAGUCCUUCAGCAACUAAAGGCAAAGCAAGAUGUCGGAUGCUCGAUAGUAGACCUGCGAUUUACUUUUCCUUCUCUGCCAGUCGACCAGAUCACGGAAAUACUGACGAAUCUGCAAUAUGAUGCGUUGGUCGUUUGCAUGAACGAUAAAUACCGUCUCGUAUGA